GUGUGUGAAAAAAAAGGCCGAGGCGGAAGUGACGCACGCGGCAGCUCCGGAAGUGGGGUAGCCGGCUGCGAGAGGCCGAACGAUGGCAAAGGUCACCUUCAAGAUCACGCUCACUUCGGACCCGCGCCUGCCUUACAAAGUGUUAAGUGUGCCUGAAAACACGCCUUUCACUGCCGUCUUGAAAUUUGCUGCGGAAGAAUUCAAAGUCCCUGCAGCUACAAGUGCCAUUUUAACAAACGAUGGAAUAGGGAUAAACCCUGAUCAGACAGCUGGGAAUGUUUUCCUGAAACAUGGCUCAGAAUUGCGGAUUAUUCCCAGAGAUCGUGUGGGAAGAUACUGGCACGUGCAGGGGCCACAUACACUUAGAUAACAGAACCAGCGGGCAAAUACAUCAACUGGCAUGUCAUCCAAGAAUUUUGCAUACCUUGCAUUUCUGUAUAAAAUCAUUGUUACCACAGUGAACUCAUGAUAAGGAGCCAGAAUGUUAUUUUUGAACAAUGUCUAGAGGAGAAUCUCAUCACCACUACCAUGUCUGCCUUCUUCUUUUGAAGCCUGUAGGCUUGUUUGCUUUCGGGGUUCCCCAGUUCACUUGGCGCAGACAUUGCUAUCCAAUGGAUGGUGUUUCCUGUUUCUUUGAAAUGAAAUGGAAAGCAUUUUCUUGUGUUUACCAGCAGUGGGACAACAGCUACUUUUGCAGCCAAAGCAAAGCAGUUCAUUAACACAUUGACAAAAGAUUAAUUUGGUUUACACAAUGUAAUCAUGUAUUUGAGUAUUAUAAAAAAUAUCAUGGCACAUACCUCCAAUGUUUGCUAAAAGUUUGUGUAACUAUUAGGAAUCCUUUAUUACAUUCCAAG